AACACGUGACGCGGCGAGGGCGCGCGACCGGACGUGACGUCGCCACGCCUGCUCUCCACAGCGACCCGGCUUUUCAAAUUCGAUUUUCCCUCUCGGUUUUUUUUCACCUCGUAACAGCGCAACAAACUUACGUUUGCUCGACUGCACGCGCGAUAUCCUGUUAGGAUUUCAAUAACAACCACUCGGCAGUUGAGCUCAGCGCUCAACCACAGAGGAGGAGGAAUAAACAAAACCCCGUUUUAGUGAAGAAAUGUCCCGACCGCGGGCCCCAAGCCUUACGCUUUUCCUGGUCCGACUGGCCGGGCUGGCUGCGUGGAUGACGGCAGGGGUCCAGGCCGGGGCAGAGACCGGGCUGGGGAGCGGGGUUCUGUACCCUCGCGAGUCUCGGUCGCGCGAGCUGAAGGAGCUGGGAGGCUUCUGGGCUUUCCGGGCGGACGAUUCGCCGGGUCGAGAUGAAGGAUUCACGCGGGGGUGGGCCGAGAAAGGGCUGGUGGAGACGGGCCCGGUGCUGGAGAUGCCCGUGCCUUCGAGCUACAACGACGUGACGCAGGAGGCGGCGCUGCGCGACUUCGUGGGCUGGGCGUGGUACGAGCGGCACGCGUGGGUGCCCUCGUCGUGGGUGGCCGAGAACGCCAACCGCAGGGUGGUGCUCCGAUUCGGCAGCGUGCACUACAACGCCAUCGUGUGGGUAAAUGGAAAGGAAGUGACGCGGCACGAAGGCGGCCACCUCCCGUUCGAGGCCGACAUAACGGCCAUCGUGCGCACUCCGGCCUCCACUCCAUGCCGCAUCACCGUGGCCGUCAACAACACCCUGACGCCCAGCACGCUGCCACCCGGCAGCAUCGAGUACAUGCGGGACACGCUCAGGUACCCGCGAGGAUACUUUGUUCAAAACAUCCAGUUUGACUUCUUCAACUAUGCUGGCAUCCACCGCCCAGUGCUGCUCUACUCCACGCCAGACGCCUUCAUUGACGACGUCACCGUACUCACCGACUUCCACGACGACCUGGGCGUGGUGAACUACAACGUGUCGGUGGUGGGCGCGGACGAGUGCCAGCUCAUGGUGUCGCUGAGCGACCGCGAGGGCCACGAGGUGGCGAAGGGGGAGGCGAACUGCAGCGACGGCGUCGGCACUCUCAAGGUGGCACGGCCCAAGCUGUGGUGGCCGCUCACGAUGCGCCCCGAGGCGGGCUACCUGUAUACGCUGCAGGUCCACGCCAAGUCGCUGGUGAGAGGGGAGCAGCGCGAGGACUGGUACAACCUCCCCGUGGGCAUCCGCACAGUGCGCGUCACCGCCACGCAGUUUCUCAUCAACGGAGAGCCCUUCUACUUCCGUGGAUUUGGCAAGCACGAGGACAGCGACAUUCGCGGCCGAGGCUUCGACUGGGCGAUCCUGGCCAAGGACCUGAACCUGAUCCGGUGGCUGGGUGCCAACUCAUUCCGCACGAGCCACUACCCGUAUGCCGAGGAGCUGAUGGACGCAUGCGACCGCCUCGGCAUCGUCAUCAUCGAUGAGUGUCCGGGCGUGGGCAUCACCCAACCCGCCAACUUUGGGAACGCGUCGCUGGAGCACCACCUGGCGGUGAUGGGAGAGCUCGUGAGGAGAGACAAGAACCGCCCCUCCGUGGUCAUGUGGUCGGUCGCCAACGAGCCCGCCUCUCAGCUGUCCGUCGCAGAGCCCUACUUCAAGACUGUUAUCGAACAUACGCGGCAUCUGGACCCAACUCGCCCAGUCACCUACGUUAUUAACCAGAGCUUCCAAACUGACAAGGCGGCGCAGUACACGGACGUGGUGUGCCUCAACGCAUACUACUCGUGGUACCACGACGCGGGCCACCUGGAGGUGAUCGUGCCGCAGCUGCGCUACACGCUGGACGGCUGGCACGCCAAGCACGGCAAGCCCGUGCUGCAGACCGAGUACGGCGCCGACACCAUCCCCGGCCUGCACUCGGACCCCCCUUUGAUGUUUACAGAGGAGUACCAGGUAGCCGUCAUGAAGAGUUACUUUAAAGUUUUUGACGAGAAACGUGACGCAUACUUCAUCGGCGAGAUGAUCUGGAACUUUGCAGACUUCGCAACGCAGCAAGGCAUCACGCGCGUCGUCGGCAACAAGAAGGGAAUCUUCACGCGCCAGCGACAGCCCAAGUCGGCGGCUUUCCUCCUCCGCGAGCGAUACUGGAAGCUGGCGAACGUGACGGUGCCGCACGUGACCGGGUACGGAAUGUCGCCCAUUCUGAGCACAUCGUACCACUAGCGGGU